UUUGUUUGAAAUAUACAUAGCAAAAUUAUUUAACAUUAUAGAGAGCACAUAAAUCAGGGUUUGGUAUUUUUCGGAGCUUAAUGAACAUCAAUGAAGUUUUCGUUUUCCUACAAUAAAGAAGUAUUUGAUUUCAAGUCCUGCUAAUUACAUUUUUGAAAUAUUUUAAUUCUGAUAAGUGUUAAAAAUUCACUAGACAAAAAGCAAAAGUUAGCAAGAGUCCAUACGUAAUACAAUAUGGAUCUACAUGCAUACAGAUGCAAUGAUUCUGUAUCAAUUAAAUCUGAAGAUACAACAAUGCUAGCUGUUGAUAGUUAUAUAUCACAAAAUUAUACAACAUUGAACCUUUGGCAACUAAUUAGUAAAAAAGCGUAUCUUGCAAUUUUACUAUCUUUACUUUCUCUUACAACAGUUACUGGAAAUAUUCUUAUUAUCGUUGCUGUCGUAAAGGAAAGCUAUUUACAGACAGCUACCAACUUCUUUAUAACAUCUCUGGCAUUUGCAGAUUGCUUGGUGGGUCUUGUUGUUAUGCCUUUUAGUGCCAUGUAUGAAAUUCUGGAAAAACGUUGGAUAUUUACAAUAGAAUGGUGUGAUACAUGGCGCUCACUUGAUGUUCUUUUUUCCACAGCUUCUAUUUUAAAUUUAUGUGUCAUAAGUAUAGAUCGAUAUUGGGCGAUAAAAGAUCCAUUUAGCUACCCACUAAAGAUGACGUACAAGCUAGCUUUUACGCUUAUAACACUUGUUUGGCUGGCGUCUAGUCUGAUUUCAUUUCCAGCAAUAAUGUGGUGGCGUGUGGCACGUGCUAAUAUUAUUCCUCAACACAAAUGCCCUUUUACAAUGAACUUUGAGUAUAUCAUAUUUUCUUCCAUGAUUAGUUUUUACCUACCUCUAAUUGUUAUGGUCUUCACCUACUACAAGAUUUAUCGUGAAGCAGUUGUUCAAAGCAAAAGUCUGCGGAUUGGAGCAAAACAAGUCAUUUUGGCUUCUGGUACACUUGAACUCACUCUCCGGAUGCAUAGAGGUGGUCGUCUUUCAAGUAAUUACAUGUCUUCAAAUGAUUACCUUUUAUAUAGAGUAAGGCGAUCAAUAUCACAAGGUUCUGAUAAACAUCUAAAUUCCUUUCGUGGUAUGGGCAAUACAAAGUCUUCUAUAUGUACUAAAUCAAAAGAAAAACCGCAAAUCAUAGCUUUGAAUAAGAGUUUCUCACUCUCAAAGAAAAUUUCUAAAUUUUCCAAAGAAAAAAAAGCCGCAAAAGCUCUUGGUAUUGUGAUGGGAGUAUUUAUUAUUUGUUGGUUUCCGUUUUUUGCUGUUAACUUAUGGUCUGGAUUGUGUGAUGAGUGUAUCUGGAAAGAAGAGAGCACAUCGACAGCAGUCUCUUGGUUAGGAUGGAUAAACAGUAGCAUGAAUCCAGUGAUUUAUGCAUGUUGGAGUAAAGACUUCAAAAGGUAG